AUGGCCUACCACAAGCGCCCCACAUCGAGCUACCAGCCCUGCGAUACUUUCUUCGUCGAGACCUACGACGAGUUCCCUGCCCCCCGUAUGGAUCCGAAAGAACACGCCAAGUUGAUGGCUCGUGAGCGUCAGUACGCCAUGGCGGAACAGCUGUCAAAGAUUACCAGCGAGGAAUUCCGUGACGACGUUCUGGCGCACAUGCUGGACAUGGAUGCUGCUACGCUUCCGGACGUCGAGUCGAUCGAUAUCCAGACCGAGAUCCAGUGGUUCAUGCGUCCAUACCUGCUCGACUUCUUGAUUGAAGCCCACACUGCAUUCCAGCUAUUGCCAUCGACCCUCUUCCUCACCAUCAACCUUCUUGACCGUUACUGCUCCAAGCGUGUCGUCUACAAGAGACACUAUCAACUCGUUGGAUGUGCUGCCUUGCUCAUCGCAGCCAAGUAUGGCGACAAGAAGGACCGCGUGCCUACCAUCAAGGAGCUCAAGUCGAUGUGCUGUUCUCUAUACGACGACGACAUGUUCAUCCAGAUGGAGUGGCAUGUGCUGCAAACACUGGGGUGGACCAUUGGACACCCGACUGUCGAUAGCUUCUUGCAGAUGGCUGUGAUGGAUUGCCCGUAUGAUGCCGAGGUCGAGCACCUGGCAUUGUAUAUCUCGGAGAUCUCGCUGUUCCAUCGGGAAUUUGUGUCCAAGCCGUCGUCGGAUCUCGCCCGGGCCUCGCUGGCUCUUGCGCGCUGCAUCCUGAACCGGACUCAGCCUCGUCACACAGAAUGGGCAUCCCAGUACGACUCGAUGACGCUCGUGGGGUUGUCGCAGCAGCUUCACCAACCCUCCCAGGUACUUUCCAGGAAGUAUUCCUCAGCUCACUACUCCCGUGUGUCCAAGGUGCUGGAACAAUUCCUUGCCCGUCAAGCUUCGAUCGCAAGCUACACGCCCCCCAGCCCGCAAACGGACGUUGUACAACCCGAGCCCAAGCCAUACGAAGGCGAGAUUGGGCUUGCUACACCGCAGAAGGCGACCCAAUCAUCGGCCAUGGCGCACGGUUAUAUCACACCGCCGAUCACCCCGGAGAACGAGGCUUUUGCCAAUGGUGGUAAUCCCACCUUUGCCAAAGGCACGGCAGGAGCUAGUGCUUGCUCGCCAUCGCCGACACCCCCGCCCAGCAUGCAGUACGUGAGCUCUCACGCGUAUUCGCAAGAUACCACGUACCAACAACAGUUCCUCCAGCCCCAGAUGUCAUUCAGCACUGGUUACUGA